AUCACAAUUGUUUUGACUAUGGCGUGUUUAAGUUCGUCCAAUCGGGCCUGUGCCCGCGUUGUGCAGGAGAAACUGUGUCAGUUAGUUGCGGUCUCCAAGAGCCAGCUCGGGCAUCAGCAGCAGCAACAGCAGCUCGACCUGCUGCUGCACGCGCCCGGCCCGGUGGCCAGUACCGUCGUUAAUGGUGUCGGUGGCGGUGGAGGUGUUGGCGGUGGUGGAGGUGGCGGUGGUAGCCUGCCGUUGGGUACCGCCGGCAAACGGACCUUCCUGCUGUCGUCCGGGUUCGCGUACCCGCUGUACGGUGGCGGCCCAGCCGGAUCUGGGACGCCGCUGGUGACGGCCGUGGCGCACAGUGUCGGUGGUUCGAUUGGCAUCGCACGCAGCUUCUACACCGGUCGCGGCAACUUCAUUCAACCUUCAUCAGUCGCCCUCGGAUCGGCCAGAUCCGUCCGCGUUCCGGUCGGUGCGCCGCUGUUCGAACGGAACCAGAAAUGCAGCUCAACCGCAAACUUGCAUCCCUGUAUGCGAGGGUACAGCUCCGUGCACACACAGCAACCGGCCGGACCGAUACGGGAAUACAACAUCGACCCAUACAUACUGCUGGAGGACGAGCUGAAAUACAUCUUCGAGGAUAUCAGGCAGGAAAUCAGUCGCGCGACAAAUCACCAGGAGCUGAACAAAAUAGCCGUAUACUACUUCGAUGGACAGGGCAAAGCUUUCCGACCGAUGGUGGCAAUACUGAUGGCGAAGGCACUGAACUAUCAUAUGCACAACGAAAACAGCAACAUAGUGAACGCUCAGCGACAGAUAGCAAUGAUUUCGGAGAUGAUUCACACUGCCAGCUUAGUGCACGAUGACGUUAUCGACCAGUCGUUUGCCAGGCGAGGUAAACCGAGCGUUAACGUGCUGUGGAACCACAAAAAGGUGACGCAGGCCGGUGACUACAUCCUUGCCGUUGCCUCGAUGCUGCUGGCCCGCCUGAAGCAAGACGAAGUGACACACAUCCUCAGUCAGGUUCUAACAGAUUUGGUACAGGGCGAGUUUAUGCAGCUUGGCUCGAAGGAAACAGAGAACGAGCGCUUUGCGCACUAUUUCACCAAGACGUACCGGAAGACAGCAUCGUUAAUAGCUAACAGUUUGAAGGCGGUUGCGGUACUGUCCGGUGCGGACGAGCAAAUGGCCGAGCUUAGCUUCCAGUACGGGCGCAACCUUGGGCUUGCCUUCCAGUUCGUGGAUGAUCUGCUGGACUUUGUGUCGAGCUCGGAAGCGAUGGGUAAACCGGCGGCGGCCGAUCUAAAGCUCGGUCUUGCCACCGCCCCGGUACUGUUCGCCUGCGAGAAGUUCCCCGAGCUAAACCCAAUGAUACUGCGCCGCUUCCGCGAGCCGGGUGACGUUGAGCGAGCGUACGAGCUGGUGCACCAAUCGCAAGGGCUCGAGCAGACCCGCUUCCUUGCCCGCAAGCACUGCAUCGAGGCGCUCCGGCUCGCGUCCCAGAUCAGCGAAUCGCCGUACCAGAAGGGACUGAUCGUGGUCGGUGACUUUGUGCUCAACCGGAUGAAGUAG